AGGUGGAAAAAAAACUGUAUUUAGGCUGCAUUUGAUAAUUCACGGGCUCGCUUAGUGGUCAGCAGACUUCAUUCUUAUCAAUUAGCUGUAAAUGGCUUACGGGCCUGCCGAAGGCACCCCUCAAAAGGCGGCUGAAAAAUACUGGAAAAUCACCAGAUACGCCAAACCAAUUGAUAAGACGAUCUAUAAAGAAGGAGAUCAGAGACCAAACGUACCAAUACCUUACUAUAAACCAACCAUUCCAGAAUACGAGUACGAGCCAUUAUACUUCAAGCGUCAAAACAGAGGAUUGUACGGAGGAUUACAAAGAAGUAGUUCUAAAAGCUGUUCUAAAAACGGUAAGAAUAAAAAUUUAAGAACUCACUUACCUCAUAUUGUUAAUACUACGUUAUGGUCAGAAACAUUACAAAAAUCAUUGAAGAUGAGAGUGGCCACCAGGGUCUUGAAAACUAUUGACAAAGAAGGCGGUUUGGAUAAUUAUUUGACUAAAGAUAAACCAGCUAGAGUUAAAACUUUAGGUUUAAAAGGCUGGCAAUUACGUUUUGAAAUCUUAAAAUUAAAAGAGUUGGAAGAAUUAGGACAAGUUGACGGGAAACAAGUCUACUACAUCCAUGACGAUGGUAAAAAAAUUACCGUUGGUAGAAAGCAAUUAUUAAAAGAAUUGUUCCCUUUGGUUUACAAAGAUAAUUACUAUCCAAUUGACUUUAACCAAUUCUUAAAAUCCCACACUGUGUUGACCACAAAAGAAUUGGUCGAUAAGUUACUCCACUAUAAUUAUGACUUUUCCCAAAUCUCAAUAUAA